ACAAGGAAGUCAUCGACGCGACGGUCGGCGACUACAUGACGGUGCCGACAAGGUCGCCGCACACCUUCUCCAACCCGACGGAUCAGGAGGCGAAGCUCUUCUUCACUGCGACGCCGGCGUAUUAUAUCAAUUACUUCAAGUUGUUGAGCCAGAUGGGGGAUGCGGGCAAGCCGAUGCCGGCCGAGGCGAAUAUGCAGGCUAUGGCGCUUUAUGCUACUACGUUGGCUGGCGGGUUCAUGCACGACGUAACGAAAGCUUCAGUAGGAUCAAUCGCAACACUUCUCAGCGUAUUUUGGAUGCACAGCCGAUCCAGAUCGGGACGCUGAUGGCGCAUGCAUGCACAACUUCGUUCCUAUGGCGUCCAAAGUGGGUUGUGGAUGAAGACGUGCAAA